AUGACGGGCGUGACGUGCGCUCCGUGCGCGACGAUCGGCACGAUUGGGACUCCCCUGCCCGCGGCGCGCGGCCGCGUCGCCGGAAGGAAGGUUCCAGCGGGAGCCGAGGCGGGGUCGGCCUUCCGAGGCCGUCGGCGCUCAUCGCGGGCCGUCCGCGUGCGCGCGGCGGGCGGCGGCCUGUUCAGCGCCGCCCCUGCGUUGAACACCCAGGAGAUCGCCGCGAAGGUGACCGAGAUCAAGGAGACGGAACUGGAGCUCUCGCGCGGAAUCUGGCGCGCGGUCGACGCCGCCACGGCAGCCGCGACGGACGCGGUGGCGCCCCUCGCCGGGUUGGACCUCUCGACGGGGCUCCGCGCAGCCUUCGACGGCGCGAUGCAAGCCGUCCCGGAGCCCGUUCGCGAGCGCGUCACCGCUCUCGUGGACGCGGUGUUAGCCAACGAGGAGCUGGUGCGCGCGAUAGACUCCGUGCCGGACGUCGCGUGGGUGCUCGUGCUCGUGGCCACCGUCGGUUCCAAGGCGCUGGGCGGCGGUUCCUCCGCCACCGCGGGCAUGGACGAGUGGGCCGCGCUCGCCGCGGCCGAGGGCGACGAGGAGCCCAUCGAGCUCCAGAACUACGACCCGGACGCCAUAUACGCGCACUUCAAGCGGCGCCCGCUGGUGCUGCUUCGGCGCGGUCUCAGGUCCGGGUCUCUGCUCGGCGGGUACGGAUUCAGGCUCUGGCUCGACCGCAAGAUCCUGGGCGAGGACCCGCCCGAGGCGAAGAAGGCUGAGGUGGACGCGAAACGCGCGAUCCAGCUCAGGGACCUCCUCAUCUCCCUCGGUCCCACGUACGUCAAGCUCGGGCAGGUGCUGAGCAGCCGUCAGGACCUCCUACCGGCUCCUUACAUCAAGGAGCUGCGGACGCUGCAGGAUUCCGUGCCCCCGUUUGACGACGACCUCGCCAAGCGGAUCCUCGCCGCGGAGCUCGGACCCACCGGCGCGAGGAACCUCAGCCUCGGUUCCGCGCCCAUCGCGUCCGCGUCGCUGGGUCAGGUGUACCGCGGGACGCUCAAGAAACCGGACGGGACCGUGGAGGAGGUGGCGGUGAAGGUGCAACGGCCGGGGGCGCUCGUCGCCAUCUCGCUCGACGUCGGCAUCAUCCGCUCGUUCGCGGAGCCGUGGAGGAGGUUCAAGGGUCUGAACACCGACCUAGAGGGGUUGGUUGACGAGUGGGGCAGGAGGUUCGUGGACGAGCUCGACUACGGGCAGGAGGCGGCCAACGGUGAACGGUUCAGGCUGGCGAUGGAAUCUCGACCCGACCUCGCGGGCGUGGUCACCGCCGCGCCCGUCAUGCCCUCCGCGUCCACCCGAAGGGUUCUCACCACCGGGUGGAUCAACGGACAGAGGCUGGACACGUCAGAGGAGGGCGACGUGCCCAGGCUGUGCGCGGUGGCGCUCGCGAGUUACCUGGCGAUGUUGCUCGACAUCGGGACGCUCCACGCGGAUCCCCACCCGGGUAACCUCUUCCGCACCGACGACGGUAAGCUCUGCAUCCUGGACUGGGGCCUGGUCACGCCCGUGAGCAAGGACCUGCGCACCGCCAUCCUGAGCUUCAUCGCGCACCUCGUCAGCAAGGACUUCGAGGCUGUGCCCGGUGACCUGGACGCCAUGGGUUUCAUUCCCGCGGGUAAGAGGGAGGCCAUGGAGGACGCCGGCGUCGCGAGCGCCAUCGGGCUGCUGUUCUCCGCGCUGGCCAAGGGCGGAGGCGCCGAGGGGUUCCGCGCGGAGCUCGGGCUUCCCGACGCCGACAAGAUCAAGGAGAUUCGCAAGGAGCUCAAGGGCGUGAAGGACAUGAAGUUGAGGCGGGAUAAGUUCCUCGAGGCUUCGGGCGGCGCCGACUCGAAGGUUGCGCAGCUCACCCGCGACCUGGAGGGUAUCCAGGAGAAGUACGGCAACAUCUUCCAGAUUCCCUCCUACUUCGGCUACAUCCUCCGCUCGUUCUCGGUGCUCGAGGGGAUCGGGCUGGCGUCGGACAAGAACUACUCCAUCGCCAACGAGUGCUACCCGUACGUCGCCAGAAGGCUCCUCACCGACGACACCCCGGAGACGCGCAGGGCGCUCGAGCAGCUCCUGUACGGCAAAAACGGUCCCAAGGCUCAGCUCUCCGUGAAGCGCGUCAAGCAGCUCGCCAACGCGUUUGGGAACUACUCCUCCAUCACCAACGUCAGGGAGUCUCGCAAGGAGGAGGCUGUGGAUGGUAAGCCGGUGUCCGCGGGUCUGUCGCAGGGGACCAAGGAGGCGCUUCGGCUGGCGUUUGCCCCGGAGGGCAGCCCCGCGCAGGAUAUCCUUCUCCGCGAGUUGGCCAGGUUCACGGGAGCGGCGGCAUCGAGCGCGGUCAACUCCGCGGCAUCCGCGCCCGCUCUCGGGUUCCUCGUGGGCCUGGCGGAGGCGCAGCAGAGGGCGGCGGAGGCGUUGGGCCCCGCGAGGCCGCCGCUGCCGACGGCCAUCGAGCUCCUCGCUCCCUUGACCGCGGCGGCGAGACAGACGGAGGCGGACCGCGAGACCCUUCGCGUGGCGGCCGAGCUCCAGGAACUCGUGAGCAGCCUCGCGCCCAAGUCGUCCACGUCUUCCGAGCCGUCCAGCUCGUGGGUGGACGUCCCGGUGCUCGGCGAGGUUCCCGUGCCGUCCGCGCCGUCAUUGCCGAUGGACGAGCGGAUGCUGAAGGAGCUUCUCGAGCUGGCGCCGGAGCUGGCGCCGGGGGCUCAGGCGGCUGCGCUGAGGUUCGGGAGGACCAGGCGCUGA